AUGUUGGGGUUCUGCAGUUCCCCGCACCGGGCGCCACCCCUCCAUAGCCAACGGCUGCCAAGCGCGGGCCCAGCCACCCCCGCCGCCAGGGGGCGUCCGCGGGAUCCCGGCGGGAGCGCGCGCCACGUGGUCCGGAAACGCGCUGGGCGCCGGCGUGGCCGCGAGGCCCCGCGAGCUGGGCGGGGUGCUGCGGGAGGUGAGGGCCGUGAGGGGGCCGCGUGGGGCUGCGAGGGGCGAGGUGGGAGGCACGGACGGUGCGGACACGGGGCACGGAGCGGCUGGCCUGCGCUGCCCUCCCCCGCCAGAGGCGUCAUGUUGCCUGGGCCGCCUCGGCGGUGGGACGCGGGGAAAGAGCAGGCGCUCGAGGAACAUGGCUCCUCGGCUGGCAGUGACCCCGGGGAGACCUCGACCUUUGGAGAGGAAGCCCUGGAGGAGCCAGGAACUCCCCCGCAGGACAGCCCGCAGCCCCGGUCCCGAAGGCCCUCCUGGACCCGGAGAGAGCUGCUGCUGUCCCGGCCUCCCCCAGGCCUGGCUGCGGAUCAUUCCCCGGCAACGCCAGUAGCCCUUUCCCCUCAGAUGGCCUGGGAGGUGGCCCCCUCAAGGAUGACCGUGUUAGCACCAUGGGAUCCCAACUACAAGGCUAAAGCGGGACCCCGGCUGGUGUGGUGUUCUGUCAAGCUCCCUUCACAGGGGCCCAGCUGUGCACCUGGCACCUCCUUCUCAGGCCGGACCUUGUGUCAUCCCUCAUUGUGGCCACUGUAUGAGGCAGCCUCAGGCCGGGACCUCAGGUCCCUGGCCCCUGCAACAGGACAUCAGAAUGGAGAGCAUGAGCCCAGGGAUGCAGGGUUCCCAGUGAUGUGCUGUGAAGAUGUCUUUGUUUCAGACCCUCUGCUGCCAUGUGGGCAGCGUAUUCCCCUGUAUCUGUCUGAGGCCUCUCAACAGGUGAUGGGCUCUCUGAAGCUGCUGCUCCCACCUCCUAUCAUGUCUCCCUGGGUCCUCCGCACCCCAUCCCCUGGCUGCCCUACUGCCUGGCUCAGUGGGCCUGAGCUCAUCGCCCUGACUGGCCUCCUGCAGAUGAGCCAGGGGCCUCCUAGACCUGUGGCUUUGGAGGCUCCCACGCCCCCUGCUGGCCCCCCAGACCCUGUAUCUGAUCACCCAGACCCCAGUGGUGGCCCCAGCUGUUCUCACUGCACUGACCCAUCUGCCCCUCAAACCCCAGACACACAUUGAACAUAUCCCUUCUGGGUGCAGAAUGGGUCCCCUACUCCCCUAGACAGCUUCUGUUGACAAUAAAAGUGUUGGUUUGCAAA